AUUAUUUCAGUGAGGAUUGAUGAUUUAGAGCAGCUACCAGAGACGACUACCAUUGAUGCCUCCUCAAUUGGGAUUGUUCAGCCGGAAUUAGCCUUGGAACAGGGAGAAUUACCAGAAGGGAAACAGCAUAUGAAAGCUCCUAAACGUGGCCAGAAACGAAAACAAAAGUCAGGUGAGGAAGAGGAAGCUCAAGUGCCUGAGGACCCUGCCUUCAGUGCAUACACAGAGAAGGAAGGUGAAUUCACAGGGAGUGUUGGAGAUGAGACUAACUCAGCCGUACAGAGCAUCCAGCAGGUGGUGGUGACCCUGGGCGACCCGAAUGUCACAACCCCUUCCAGUUCUGUUGGGCUGACAAAUAUCACUGUUACCCCCAUUAUGACGGCAGCUGGAACCCAAUUCACAAACCUCCAGCCAGUGGCUCUGGGCCACCUGACUGCCCCUGAACGCCAGUUACAGCUGGACAACUCCAUUCUCACCGUGACGUUUGACACCGUCAGUGGUUCCACCAUGCUGCACAACCGCCAAAAUGACAUGCACAUCCAGCCACAGCCCGAGGCCUCCAAUCCUCAGUCUGUGGCCCAUUUUAUAAACCUGACCACCUUGGUGAACUCCAUUGCUCCUCUAGGGAACCAGGUAACAGAACAGCAUCCUCUCACGUGGAGGUCAGUGCCUCAGACUGAUGUCUUGCCGCCCCAGGCACAGCCAACGCAACAGCAGUCAGGACAGCAACAGGUUCAAGCAGAACAGCAACAACAACAGAUGUACAGCUACUAAUUUAUACUCGGAAAAGAUUUGAAAUGGACAGUACUUAGAGACAAAAAACACACAGACUUUUGGAAAAUUUCUCAUAGGAUUGUUUGCUGGAUACCAAACAGAGAUGGGAAAAUGUUUAUACAAUGAAACGUAAGCUAAAAUUGGCAUAGCACCCUGCAACACCCUAAUCCUCAGAUUCUCAUGCUGCCUCUAGAGCUUACACUG